CAACAGGAGCUUCCUGUCUUGUCGCCAUGGCAUUGUGAGCUAACUCUCUGCGAUUCUCCCAGGGUUAAGCUUCUACUCUUCCGUCACCUUUCCACAAGUCAUAGAGAUAUUUGAGACGUGAGUCAAUUCAAUCAUGGAUUCAGUUUCUAGGAUUUCUUUCAAUGGAAUGACUGAAAGAAGGCUAAUUUUUAUACGAUCUGAGAACCAUGGCGAGCAGGUUUUGAAUACACUUCAGGACUUCUGGGAGCAAAACAUGUUCUUUGACUUCACUAUAUUUGUCAAAGAAGAAAAGUUUCAAUGUCAUAGGUGCAUUCUGGCUGCAUGCAGUGAUUUCUUCAGAGCCAUGUUUGAAGUUCACAUGAGGGAAAGAGAUGAUGGAAGUGUAAAAAUCACUAAUUUAUCUCCAGAAGCUGUGCAGGCAUUUCUGGAUUUUGCUUACAGAGGGUAUGCACGGAUAUCUGAGACCAAUGUUGAAAUGUACUUUCAGAUGUCUUCAUUUCUUCAAGUGCCCCUGUUAGCUAAAGGCUGCGGUGAUUAUCUCACCAAAAAGAUCGAUAUCAAAAACUGCUUCCAACUGUUGUCUCUGUCUGAGAGUUAUGGUUCUAUCAAUUUGUACAAUCAUGCUUUGAAAUUUGUAGUGAAGCACUUCUCUCUUCUGAUAAAGUCAAAUGAUUUCUUAGAAAUGAAUGUUGGACAGCUAGAAAAAUGCCUUGAAGCAGAUGUCUUGAAUGUCCCUGAUGAGGAUACUGUUCUGAAUGCUGUUCUUCAAUGGACUCAGUAUGAAGUAGAGACGAGGGAAAAACACUUACCUUGCCUCAUUAGGCUUGUGAGAUUGCAUCAGCUAUCCAAAGAAAUUCUGGAGAAUUUAAUGAGAUCUGAAAGUUUGCUAGCAAAUAGUCCUGAAUGUAUGGAAUGUAUACGCAAUGUUCUCGAUAAAUUUGAAGAGGAAAAUGGGCUUUUAACAGAUGCAAGACCAUCCACAACAGAAAACUACAUAUUUGUUCACAAAACUGAAGAAAAUGGUACGACAAAGCAUACCUUUUGCUAUAACAUUAAAAGUGAUACCUGGAAAGAGUUGCCUGCUGCAAAUAUUAUUGAUUUUCCAGGGUCAAGCUUGGUUACCUAUGGAGAAAAAAUAUUUAUAACCGGAGGAUGUAAGAUUAGUUGCAGUAAAUCUAUACGAUUGCACGUUGCAGAAAGAUGUCAUGAUGCAACUGACGAGACAUGGUGCUACUGUCCAAGAACAAACAAUUUCACUUUGGUUUCAUCAAUGAAGAACUCUCGGACCAUGCAUACGUCAGUUAUCGCAAUGAAACAACUUUUUGUAGUAGGUGGGAAAACCAGAGGAGCACAAGAAAUGCAAAGUCUUUUAAAUGUUGAAUCCUACAACCCUCUUACGAAACAAUGGAGAUCAGUGAGCCACUUACCAAGAGGAAUUUACUAUCCGGAAGCAAGUGCCUGCAAUGACAUUAUCUAUGUCCUUGGAUCAGAGGUGGAAAUAGCUGAUGUCUUCAAUCCAUCAUUAGAUUGUUUCUUCAAAUACAAUGUGUCUUCUGAUCAAUGGUCAGAACUUGUUGCUGAAUUUGGCCAGUUUUUUCAUGCCACUCUUGUGAAAGCUGUCCCAGUGAAUUCCACAUUGUAUAUUUGUGACCUUUCUACUUACAAAGUCUACAGUUUUUGUCCAGAAACCUGUAUUUGGAAAGGUGAGGGCUCAUUUGAGUGUGCGGGCUUUAAUGCAGGGGCAGUUGGGAUUUCAGACAAAAUUUACAUUUUAGGUGGGGAUUAUGCUCCUGAUGAAAUCACAGAUGAAGUCCAGGUGUAUCAUAGUAGCAAAUCGAUAUGGGAAGAAGUAUCUCCAAUGCCCAAGGCUUUAACAGAGUUCCAUUGCCAAGUGAUUCAAUUUAGCAGAAGUAGGGAUCCCUGGAAAAAUUAAUUGUAAUGUCUACUUUUAAGUGGUGAUAAUUGGUCUUUGUUUAGACCCAACUGUUUAACUAUUUAAAUUAAAAUCAAAUAUAUUCAUUUUCUCUCCAAAAUCAUGUCACCUGACUUCCUCAGAGAUAGGAAUUUGGUUCCAUGGACCCAAAACUCUCUUGUCUGAUGACAUUUGUCAAAUUGUUUUCCAACAUGACAGUACUGUCCAAAACCAAAUCCUUUUGUAAUAUACUAUAAAACAGAGUUAACAUAAUUUAAUGAAAAGGACAUUUAUUUGACAAAUAUUUUAGAUUUUUCUGAUCUUGAUGGAUAAAGGAAACUAGCAGAUGUGGUGAAUUUGAAUUUCCAAAAGGCAUUUGAUUAGGUGCCACUUAAAUGUUUAGUUCACAUGUUAGGAGCUUGUGAAUUUGGAAAUAAUAUAGUAGCAUGAAUUUUAAAAAAUGGCUCUUAGCAGGAAAUAGAGACUAAAUAAGUGUCAUUUUCAGGUUGGCAGACUUUAAUUAGUAGAGAAUCACAGGCCUCAACUAUUUCCGAUUGGUAAUGAUUUGGACAAAGGGACCAAUUCCAUUUUAGCCAGAUUUGCUGAAGAAACAAAUAUAGGUUGGGAAAAAAAGUGAGGAGGAUUCAGUGCAUCUGCAAAGGAAAAUAAAUAGGUUAAAAUGAGCGGACAAACCCUUGACAGAUGGUGUAUAAUGAGGGAAAAGUAACGUUUCCCACUUUGCCAGGGAGGAAGAAGUAUAAAUAUAGAAAAGUCUUGUUACAGCUGUACAGGGCAUGAUGAAACUAAAAUUAGAGUACUGCAUAUAUACAUUUUGAUUCCUUAUUUAGGGAGGCAGUUAUCUAGGAUUCCAAAAUCCAAUUUAACUUUGAUUGUAACACCCUGGUUCUGACUAAAUAUGAGACCAUGCUGGAUACAGUUGUCUUUAGAUAAGAUUUACAAACUUAUUAAACUGGCAAAACAAGUAACAGAAAUGGUACCCAACCAGACAGUGGACCCAGCCAUUGCACAAUGGAAUACUAAUCCUCUCAGUUGGCUAGAGCAUGUCUCUUCUUUUUUCUUCUAUCUUCUUAUUUUGCGUACACAACCACUGAAAAGUCGGACUUAUCAAUCCCUUGCAAACCACAACCCAUGAUCAGAAAUGACUCUGAACCCAGACAAUGCAUGACUAGAUUCUUAAUUUGUUAGGUGAUAUACACGCACAAUGUAUAAAAAGUUCAUGGUUAGUCUUUGAUUUCUAAUUGUGGUCAUUUUAGUUACAUCACUUCCUACUAUCGGAAGAUUUAAUUCUUUCACAUGUCAAUCAUUUUAUUAGAUAAACUCUUUGUUAACAGUUUGUUCCUUCUCCUUGACCCAUGCAGCGAUUUCUACAGGAUAAGAUAGUACCAGUAGAUCAAUUGAUGUAUCUGCUCAGUGCAUGCAGUGCCAUCUUUCAGUGAUUAGCUAUAAUUACAAAUAUUCAAAAUGAUAAUUUAAAAAUUCUCCAAAAUAUACUGAUCAAUCAAUUCAGAAAAGCUUUGUUAGGUUGAUUUCUGAGGUGAAAGAUGUCAUUCACUGGUGGAGUCAUCCUGAACAUCAUAGCUUCACCUAUCAUUUCGCUGUAGUUUGUAGUUUACCACUGAGAUAACAAAACAUUUUAUGGCGUAUUCCUUGUCCAGUUUGUAUUAACGGAAUGUAUGCCAUGAUGUCCUCAUGAAUAAUAUCUCACAUUCAUUGUCUCAGAUCUUGCAUAAUUGAUACAAAUCACUCAUUAAUUCAAGCAUCUAUCAAAAGAUUUUAUUUUAGAAACCAUCUGCUCAACAUGAUUUUUCUCUGUUUAGUUAUGUAAGUUUAUAACAAAUUACUUUAAAAUAAGGAACAUUGUAGAAAAGUUGCUUAUAACUACAACAUAAAACGAACACAGUAAGUUACAAAGUACUGAUACAUAAAAUCAUAAAGUAGGUAUUACUUAAGUUGUGCAAAGAGUGUAUAAAACAUAAAUGCACAAUAAACAUUGAAUAUGGUGAGACAGUGAGUUAUUUUCAUGCAUUAAAUCAAUAUAUAACUUUAGUGAUAAUAGAACAAUUAUAUAGCUCACACAGCUAAUUAUGCAUUAUUACAAAUGCUGACUCUAAAUAUGUUUAGCAAAAUAUGCAAUAAUUUUUCUACAUCAAACACUAUAAAUUUAAAACAUAGAACACAGCUGUUGUUCUCUUUCCUCUGAUGAUAAUGCUAGAUUCUUACUAACAACUUAACUUGAAAGAAUGUCACUUGUUCAUUAAAUCAUUACCGAGUCUGUCAUUUUAUUCUAUUUAAAACCUGUGAGGUGACACUAAACAGUCACAUUAUUAAAAUGCUACAUUGGUUAUAAUUUAAACAAGAUAACAUUAUCAGGUUUUUUGGGUAAUAUAUUCUAAACUAAAUUAAUCAUGAAACAUUAAUUUCCCUGCUUAUUCUUGAAUUGGAGGCAAUUCAGAAAAGCUUUGCUAGGUUGAUUUCUGAGGUGAGGGGGUAACGUAUUGAGGUUUGAUUAAGAAAUUGAUCCUGCUGUCAUACUCAUUUGAGUUUGGAAUUGUGAAUGAUGAUCUUAUUGAAACAAAGAGGGUGCUUGAUCACAUUGAUUUUAGGAGUAUAUUAGGAAAUAAGGGCUUCGUUUCAGAAGAAGGGUCUCUGAUUUAAGGCAGAACUGAGGAGGAAUUUCUUCUUUCAGAUUGUUGUUAAUGUUCAGAAUUCUGUACUCCUGAGAACAAUGGAGAUGGGGGUCAUUGAACAUAUUCGUGGCUGAGUUGGACAAAUUUUAAUCUACAAGGGGGUUGACGGUUAUUGGGGAAAAAGGUAGAGAUCUGGAGUUGAGAUUAUGAUCUUAUUGAAUGACUCAAGAACCAUAUGAUCUUCUCCAUCAGCAUUCAAGCCUUGUAGUGGAUGGCCUGCUGAGCAACAUAAAUAGAGAUACUGAUUACAAAAGCUAACACAGUGAUUGGCCCUGUCAGUUGAUUUGAGCAGAAAGUUGGGCCAAUUGUGAAGAUAAUGCCCCACUUAUAUGUAAUCAGUGGUUUAACCACAUACUAGCAGCAGUCACGUCCCUACUGUUGUCAAUUAUUUUAAAGAAUAAAUACCGUACAAAGGGUGAAGUCCUUCCACUUGGCUGAAUCUCUAAAUUUUAAAGAAUGAACAUGGUAUAAAAGUCAUGAAUCCCCUGGUUGACUAACACAGUUGUGGUGGUCCUGGUGGAGCAGCUGAAUAAAUGGCAGAAGGUUUUCUUUCCUUCAAGUGACAAAGAGGUCCUUAAACAAAAUAAGUUACUAACUCAGAAAAAAGCCCACAGUUAAUUAGCAGAAGUUGUCAGUUGCUUGUAAGCAUCAUCUUAUGAAUGUCUGUUUGGUUGCACAAGUUCAUUUGAAUAACAAGAACCUCUAGGUAGAGACUGAUGCUCUCCCAUCUCUUCACAUUUGACUUUGUAACAUAAAUUCUUCUGUGACUGUCCCUUGCAUUCCACACUGAUUUUGUUGCUUGCUAAUUUGCAGCUUCUUUGAUAAUAGCUGGUAACCAUACCAGCCUUCUCCUUGUAACAAUUGCACUUCCUGCUGCUGCUCCCAUCCCAGUAGACAUGGCGUAAAACAGCUAUCGUUGUUUGCCUGAUCACACAUGCAGACUUUUCAUGCCUCUUUCAUGUCAGUUACUUAUACACUUCUCAUUUCAGUCACUCAUGCAAAUGAUUGCCUCCAUCCUUUUGUCUAUAACUCUGUUUAAUAAGGACAGAAAUGAAGAUGCCUCAACAGACUGCACAUCUCUUCACAAAAAAAACACACUAAAUUACGCCAAAUCAUUUUGUAGAUGGAGGUAGGAAGGAAGAGAAAAUGACCUCAACCAUAGAACAGACCACUUGAAUCCAUUCAGUCUCUUAAUAUGGAUGGACAAAGCCAUGCUAAUAUUUGGUGAAGGCAGCUUGAAGAACAUUGUGAUGAUAGGUUUGGAAGCAGUGGUCAGCAAAUUAGUCCCCCAUUCUUUCUUAAUGGCCAUUAGCAUGAUAUCUGGGUGCUGCCAUUCAGCCACCAAUUAACCUUUGACAUAAUGCUGACACUUCUCCCCAUGUGUAGGCUUUCCUAUCAUUCACUUUUGAGGAGAGAACACAAAAGAAAGAAAGUUUCCAGAAUAAAUGCAUUUGCCUUCCCCACCACCCCCAACCCCUUGCCCCCAAGCACCAGCACUGAAGUUGAAACUCCACUUGGGAUGGAUGGUGAGCCCAAAAGGAAUGCUCAAGGAGACUUAUGCAGCAACUCAGCAAAUGUAGGAACUAAUGGAGUUUCACAUGGGUAAAUUAAGGUUAUCUUUUUUGGUCAGAAGAAUAAAAAGGCAAUUAUCUCAAUAAAGAAAAACUUCAAAAUGCUUUGAUGCGGUAGGUUCUGGAUGUUCUCCUGCAAGAAUUACAGAAAGCUUGUAUGCAGAUACAGUGGACAUGAAGGAGGCCAGAUGGAAUUUUAGCAUUUAUUCCUAAAGGUAUGGAGUAGAGAAGUGUUGUUGUGACUCUAUAAGGCAUUGGUGAGACAGCAUUUGGAAUAUUGCAUAUAGUUUUGGCUCACUAACUUGAGGAAGGAUAUAAUUGAUUGGAGGCAGUUCAAAAAAGGCCACCAGAUCAACUGCAGAGAUGAAAGGCUCGUCUUAUGAGGAUAAAUUGAGCAGUUUAGGCCUAUACUCAGUGGAAUUUAGAAGAAUGAGAGAAGAUCUAAUGAGGUAUAUAAGAUUCUAAAGCAGAUUCACAAAAUAUGUGGAAUGGAUGUUUUCCAGUUUGUGGUUAUCUGGAAUAGGAGGUCAUAGUUUUAGGGUAAGUGGUGGCAGAUUUAAAACAUAGAUGAGAAGAAAUUAUUUCUGUCAAAGGGUCACGAAUCUAUGGAAUUCACUCCCCCAAUUGCAGUGAACGCUGUGACACUGAUUAAAUUUAAGGAGGAGACAGACGGAUUUUUAAUUAGGAAUGAGUUGAAGGUUCAUGGGGAGUGGGCAAGAAAGUAGAGUUGAGGCUGUGAUGAGAUCAGCCAUGAUCAUAUUAAAUGACUUAGCAAGCUUGAGGGGCUGAAUUGCCUACUCCUGCUGCUAGUUCUUUUGUUGUAAUGAAAAGGCCUCAAGAGAUGGCACACCAUGGGAGAAGCCCACAUACUUGCUCUUGCAUCAAGGGUAAAGAUGCUGAUUUCAGAGGCUUAACCAACAGAAGAAAACUGCAUAAAAAGCAGCCUGCCAAAACCUAUCCGAGUAUGGAGAAAUACAAAUGCAACAUGUGUAACAUUAGAACUCUGCAAGUUCCUAUGGACUACAUGAUUACUUGUUUGGUUACGACAGCCAAUACUUCUAUACAGGAUUCUGUGUCACCAGUGUUUGUGGCUUUGAAUGGCACUAAUUUGAGUUUCAAUUAGUCCCUUAGUUCUGUUAUCUCUGCUGGUUUCAAAAUGCUGAUGUUGGCAAACCAAGACUUGGAUCAGGAUUUUCUUGCUCCGCGAAGUGACAGAAUGGAAGCAACUCUUUUAACCCACUUGCUCUGGAAUUAGCCUGUCUCCUCUCCAGCUUUGACUUUCCCUACCUGGGGGCCAGACAUCUCCUGGCCAACUAAGAUCCCAUCCCCUGGAAAUUCUUGCUUCCCAUAAAGCAAUGAGAGAGGUGAAUUCCCAAACUGGUAUUGAACAUGUCUGCUGAUGCUCACUUCCAAAGAAAAUUUCCAAAUCUGGAUCUACACUGUAUGCACCAGUCGUAGAUGGUAUCAGUCUUAAUGGAUGGAAGUUUUUUUUUUAAUUUCAAUGUAGUUAAAUUUGUUCAAAACUUGUUAAUGUGGGCUUUGAGUGGUAUACACUACCACUUAGCUGAAACAUAGCUCUAUAAUUGUUGGUGAGAUACAACCUCCCUCAUACUUCAUCUAAUUCUUAACUUCAGACACUCUAUUUUGUUCAAAUGAUGAAAAGAUCUAUGUUUGUACUGGUUACAUUUCAUGUUUCUGUGAACUGAUAAAUUGUCUGGGCUAGAGUGCACCUCAACAAUAUAAUGCACUCUAUGUCCUCAAAAAAAGAAAUUCCACUUGACUUUGUCCAGGGUUUCAAGAUACUACUUAAGCAUAACAAUCUGACUUAGCAUUGUCAAGACUCACUGUGUUCGUUUGUUCACUAGUGUACAGAGGUAUCAGAAAAGUGUUGGUAAAUAGUGUACUUUGCUUUGCAGUUGCUACAUCAUGACCUCCUAUAGUGGACUAUACCAAUGCAGCAUCAUAGCUUCCAGGGAACUAGACACAUGAUUUUCUCAUGGUUAUUGCAUACUUCUCACUCUUUAAAGAAGUUGGUACUGUUUCCUAUUAAAGAAUGAUGCUAGUUUUUCUGGUGGCUUGAUGAUCACGUGUGUCAGUGGCUGUCUGUAGCCAGGAAACCCUGUAAUUGCUGUAAACCACACAGCAAGGAGGAGCUUGAUGUAAUCUUUAGUCUCUAUCAGGUUCCUCUUCCUGCUGCUUGGCUUCCCUUUUAAAUUCUCCAUCCACAGAUAAAUAGCAAAGAUGAUUUUGCUCCUCUUCCAAAUCCUUCUUUUUGAAAAUAAAUGGAUUAAAGUAUAGAAUAAAGUAGCAUAAGAAUCUCCCAGAUCCAAGAAUACAAAAAAACACUUCAUGCAGGACCUUGGCAUAUGUAGUUUUGCAAGUCAACCUUUAAAUAGCUCUCCCUAUCUUAGUUUCUUCUUUGUACCAAUUAAUAUUAAUGAUUGGUUCAAUUAUUCAGCAUAACCAUAAUCAACAAAAAUAGCACUUAAAUAUUGUAAUGAGCGUCCAAUCUUUCAGACAGCAACAGUAUUUACUUUAAAGCAAUAUGAAGUUUUUCUUCUCAAAGCCUUGAUCACCCUGUUUGCUUAUUAUCGUCUGAAAGUUGCAAGAACUACAAUGAAUAUACUUGUAAUACAUUAUUUCUUUGCAAAUUACAGUAGCUAUAUGCAUUUACACAGCAUCUUUAACAUACUAAAGUGUUGUAAAUGUUUCACAGAGAUGUUACCAAUCAAAAUUUGAUACCAAACCACUUAAGAGGAUAUGACCACAAGUGGCCAGAAACUUAGAAAUAGCUUUUAAGUACUUUCCUAAAGGUGUACAAAGAAGUGGAAUGUUAAGGGAAGGAAUUCCAGACCUUAGGACAUAGGCAUCUGAAGUCACCAGUGGCGGAAUGAUGAAAAUCAGAGUUGUAUAAAAGGCCCGAAUUGAGGAAGCAGAGAUUUUGGAUAGCUGUAAAACGACAGGGAGAGCUGAGGCUAUAAAAUGGUUUGAAAAGCAGUAAGUUUUUAAACCAAGGCUUUGGCACUGAAUUAGCCAAUGUUGAACAGGGACCAUAGAAUGACAGCUGAAUAACACCAGUUGUUAGGAUGAAGACAGCAGCAUUUUAGUGGAGCUCAAAUUUGUGCAUUAGGUAAUCUUAAAAUUAUGAAUGCUUAAAAUACACUAAGAUUAUUUUCAAAUAUCUGUGUAAUUUGUGUAGGUUCUAAUGCACGUUAACGAAAAAAAUGACUGAAAUGAAACUACACAAAAUAAAUGCAGUUAAUUCUUUAACUUGAGUUGUUUUGCUUCUGGGAAAUAGUUGCAGUCUGCUCAUUUUCUGUAAUGGAUAGGAACCUAGGGUGGGGGGAGUGGAGUAUAACAGAUAACUAUUACUACGGCCCUUCCAUCCAAGUGAAGACUACCCUGCUAUUCAUUUCGUUGAAACUGCUUGGAAUUUCCCUAGGGAUUCUUCUAUUGUCAUGUGGUUACUUGCAUGAAAACAUCACAGUAACAUUGAUGCUAUUUAUUUUCAAUUUUUAUCCCCCAGAACUACAUUGGUGAAUCUGGGAACUCCAGUAGAAAUUCUAGCUAUGUUAGCUACAUAAAACCAGAAGAAAGUCACAACUUGAGAGUUCUUUGGAAACAUAUUGUGACUUUAAUGGUGAUCAGACACAUAACCGAUUUCCACGUAACUAAAUGUAAAUACUAUGAGUUUUCAUUAUCACGAGUGGUCCUUAAAGCGUGUAGGACAAGGAGAUGAAAAAUACAAGGAGGGAAAUGUGUUAUUGUAGUCAGUAUACAGAAAACAUUUGGCUAUAAAGUAAAAAAGUAAAGUAAAGGACUUUACUUUUUCCUGUCUAUUACAGUCAAAUGAUCAGAAACAUAUUCCCCUCAAAGGAUUGCUAAAUUUCAGUGACUAUCAGCAUUAGGAAUUGAACCUUGACCCAAAGACACAUUCAGAAAACAUUUUAAUUAUUAUACUACUAUUUAACAAAGUCUUAUUCUGGGAUUAUUAUACAGUGAGGUACUAAACUUUCAAAUGUAAAAGGCUAAUGAUUUCAAGUAUUGUUAAUAUUUCAUUUUAAUUUAUUUUCCAUUAAAAAGCUGUGAAAUGAAGCCAUUUCUUCCUGUUUCAAUGUGAUGUGAUGUGACUUAUAAAUUCAGUUUGCUUACUACUGAAUGAAAUUGCAGUAAUAAAGCUUGUACAGUUUGAAAACUGCGAAAUUCCACCUUUUAAGUUUAUUGAAUGUAGCAGUGCCCUAUAUAUGAUAGAUAUUUACAAUAGCAAGAGGUAACAUUUUUUUAUAAAUUGAAGUUCAAAAUGUAAAGCUCAAGUUUAUGCUCCAUUUAGAAAUGUGAAAAGAUGAAUACAGGUUUUACGUGGAUACUUGGUAAAAUUUACAUCCAUUUGUCAUUUUAUUAGCAAACACAUUGUGACCUUUGACUGCAGUGACAGGCAUGGAACUGUAGUUCUUUCAUAAUCCACCUGAAACUUAGUGUUUGCAACAUAGUACAAAGGGUGUGUAAUACUGUUUUCUUAUUGUGACUUUUAGCUAUGCGCUUUCAGGUUCAGAAUUUAAUUAAGAGUGCUGUUUAUUUAAACCCAGUUCAGAAGUUCUGCAGUGUGGCAACCUUGAGAUCAAUCUAUAUUUAUCAUGUAAAGUGAAUGCUUCUGUAAAAACCAUCUGAAAUAAAUGUACAAUGAAUCAAA